AAGUCACACUGCUAGUUCACUCUAGGCACCUCUGCGAGAAGGAAACUUUUGGCUUUAUGCCCGAGCUGCCAGUGGACAUAUCAAGAAUGUGAAGGGUGAGACCAGAAAUGAACAGUUAGGGGACUAACAUCUGAGAUUACGUUCUGGUAAAGAUCAUUCUUUCUGCUGGGCUUACAGGGAUACUGGCUUAUGGACAACUUACUUUUCAUUGUGAAGAAUACAAACAAUCUUGAGAAAAGAUCUUCUCUUGUUCAUCCCAAUUCACAUGUUGUACCCAGCACCUAAUGGGAGAAUGGACAUACAGGACAAAGCCAACGUGUCUAUGGAAGCUCCAGGCUCUGCUGAAGAGGUCUUGGUUACAUCUACUUUGAGUGCGGUACUUGCUAUUAUGUUUCUCCUGGGUAUGGCUGGAAACCUAUAUGUAUUGGUGAUUACUAUGUUAUCACAAACACCAGUAGGCUCCAUGUGUGUCCACCUGGUGAACCUUGCUUUGGCAGAUCUUUUGUACCUAUCCACCAUUCCAUUUGUUGUGAGCACAUACUUGGCCAGAGACUGGUACUUUGGAGAUAUUGGUUGCAGACUUCUUCUAAGUAUGGACUUGUUCACUAUGCAUGCCAGCAUCUAUACUCUUACUGCAAUGAGUUUAGAGAGAUACCAAGUGAUAGUACAACCUCUAAAGUCUCGCAUUUCUCGGUGCUAUCGAAAAUUAACAAGCCUGACAAUCUGGCUUAUAUCUCUUCUCCUUACCUUGCCCAUGAUGUGCAUGAUGCGAUUACAGGACAGCCAGUAUGGGUCAGGCAAGAAAAUAUGCUUUCCUACAUGGACACCAGAGUCAUUCCGACACUACUUGACAGUCCUUUUCUUUACAAGUAUUCUGGGACCUGGUCUGAUCAUAGUAUAUCUUUAUAGCUGUCUUGCAAGGGCAUACUGGAUGUCUGGACAAGAGCUUCGACGGUCAAGACGGAAACUAAAUCAAUGUGUUAUGUUGCGCAUAUUUGCAAUAAUCAUUGUAUAUUGGGCCUGUUUUGUUCCUUUCUGGGCAUGGCAGCUGGCAAAAUCAUAUCAAUAUGAGUUAUUAGGACUGGCAACAUCUGCUCACAUUUACUUGAACUUUGGAGUUACCUGCUUAACCUAUGCCAAUAGUUGUGUGAAUCCCCUUCUGUAUACGUUGUUGACUCGUAACUAUAGGGAGCAUGUAACCAAACGGAUGCGUGAGGCCAAUACUGACGUGCAGAGAAGGACCCUGGGGAGAUAAAUAAGGGUUUUAGUUUAACAACAGUAUGGAACAUAUCAUUGAUAGAGCUUAUGUUGUGGGUGAUGUAAAUUGUGAUACUAUUGUCUGGACUCUUAUUUUGUAUGGCCAUUGAGCUGCUGUCCAGCCAUUGAAGUAGUAUCACAGGUUUCAGAGGUUUAGACAGAAUUUCACAGAUAUUUCUGAAAUACUUGCAGAUAACUUACUAUUGGUCAGCAGAGAAACUGUGUACUUCACAGCAGAUUGUAAUCUGGAAUAUGCUGGCAGAGGUCCAGGUGAAUACACAGCGUAUGUAGUUAACCCCUUGCUCUGCAGCUUUCAGAAGAGAGAUUAGGAGAACAAGGAGAUGUUACUGCUAUUGUCACAAGACUAUACAAGCAACAUGUAUGAAGACAGAAGUGAAUAUAACAUCAC